AUGAAGAUUACCAGGGAAUAUGAGCGAUCGUCGGCAACAGCAGCGCAAGAGAUUUUGCCGGGCGCCGAGCCGAGCAGCCGGUGCAACUCUGAGCACGCCAGCCGGCUCCUUGCCCGACCGAGGUUUCUCACCCGCGGCGGCGGCGGCUUAUAUCACCGGCAGCCCCCGGCCAGGACGACGGUCUUAAGCUGCUCUCGCUCCCCAAGACCGGAACGGCAACCACCUUGUGCGCAGAGCUCAAUCGUGGACGGAGGCAUUAUGACCCAGAGAGAUCUGGGAGAAGCGUUAAUUAACAGAAGCGCUUCUAAGGCGGCCUGUUUUCUCCGCAGCGCGCGCCCUCGCGGGCUGGAAGAAGCACUCCGGGCCGGCGUGCCGCCAAUGCAAGGCUUGCUGAUCCUGCUCCUCUCGCUGCUGGUCGCCUUCCAGGCGGUGAAAUUUGUGGUCCUCGAGUGCCUGCGACGGAGGAGGCUGGAACCGCCAGGCCCCUUCCCGUGGCCCCUUUUGGGUAACGCAGCUCAACUGGGCAGCGCCCCUCACCUAGCCUUUGGGCGUCUGGCGGCUAUCUACGGCAGCGUUUUCCAGCUGCGACUCGGCAGCUGGCCAGUAGUAGUGUUGAGCGGCGAGCGCGCCAUCCGCGAGGCCCUCAUCCGCCAAGGAGCAGCCUUCGCUGGUAGGCCUCCUUUCCCUUCGUUUCAGCUAGUAUCCGGCGGACGCAGCUUGGCCUUCGGCGGCUACUCGGAGCUGUGGAAACUGCAGAGGCGCCUGGCGCACUCGACCUUGCGCGCUUUCUCGGCGCGCCGCCUUCUGGAGCAGCCCUUGCUGGCUGAGACGCGCACGGUGGUGCAGCUCCUGGUGAGCGCUUGCGCCGGCGGCGCCUUCGUAGAUCCGUCCAGGAGCAUAGGGGUGGCAGUGGCUAACGUCAUGAGCGCGCUUUGUUUCGGCCGCCGCUACAGCCACGCUGACGUCGAGUUCCGGCGGCUGGUGGGUCGAAACGAGCAGUUCGGGCGCACGGUGGGCGCCGGUAGCGUGGUCGAUGCGCUGCCCUGGCUGCAGCGCUUUCCCAAUCCGGUGCGCUCAGCCUUCCGCGCUUUCCGCUCCCUCAAUCACGAGUUCUACAGCUUCGUCCGCCAGAAGUUCCUGUGGCAUCGGAGCAGUCUCCGCCCGGGCGACCCUCUCCGCGACCUGAUGGACGCCUUCAUCCGCCUCCAGCAGACGCAGCCUGGCUUGCCGCUGGAGCAUGUGCCGGCCACCGUCACGGACAUCUUCGGCGCCAGCCAGGACACUCUCUCUACCGCCCUGCAGUGGCUCUUGAUCUUCCUCAUCAGGUAUCCAGAAGUACAAACUAAGCUUCAAGAAGAAAUAGACAAAGUUGUCGGCCGAAACCGCCUGCCGUGUGUUGAGGAUCAGCCCCAUUUGCCCUCUGUCAUGGCUUUCCUGUACGAAUCUCUGCGUUUCAGUAGCUUUGUGCCGGUUACCAUUCCUCAUUCCACCACAGCUGACACCACCUUAAUGGGCUACCGCAUACCCAAAGAUACAGUGGUCUUCAUCAGUCAGUGGUCAGUGAACCAUGACCCAGUGAAAUGGCCUGCUCCAGAAGUUUUCAGUCCAGCAAGAUUCCUGGAUGAGAAUGGAUUCCUGAACAAGGACCUUGCUAGCAGCGUGCUGAUUUUUUCAGUAGGCAAACGAAGGUGCAUUGGGGAGGAAUUAUCCAAAGUGCAACUCUUUCUGUUUACUGCUCUCUUGGUGCACCAGUGCAAUUUCAGUGCUAAUCCAAAGGAAGAUUCUAAAAUGGAUUUCACUUACGGCUUGACUAUUAAACCAAAGCCAUUUACGCUCAGUGUCACACUUCGAGAUAGCAUGGAUUUGCUGGAUAACGCUGUCCAGAAACUUCAGGCAGAAAAUGCAUCUGAAAAUCGCCUGCCAAAUACAUGAGUUCUCAGGUUUGAAUGUUGUCGGUAAUACUUGUAUAAGGAUUGUAUUUCUCCUUUUUUUUUUAAUGAAACAUUUAGAAAUACAAUGCAUUCUGGAGAGCUGCUAGCAAGAUAUGAAGUAAGGCAAUAUAUGAUUAAAUAUGGUGUGGUUUGCAAACUGAUGUUUUACUCACCUCAGCAAAUCUUGCCAUUCUCCAUAGUGUGAAUUUAAUGAUUAGAAUGCUUCCCUAAUUAUGCUGUGAAAUUCCCAUACUUCAUUCAUGUAUCUUUUUACAGGCUAUCCAUACAGUUCCGUCAUUACAUAGUUUCCCCUCUGUAUUUUCUUUGUGGUUUUUAU